AUGCACACCAACCGUUGAAAACGGUUGCCAUUGAAAACCAAGGAAGAAAAAAAAACAAGAAGCUACUGAUGCUAUAUGCGUUAUUUGCUUGUUUACGUGGGAGCCAAAAAUGACCGAUCAAUUUCAACUUGUGUAGAUGCUAAAUGACAUGCUAAUUGUCAUUCGGGUGUUUCGUUUCCAUGUUUAAUCGAUCGUUUGUAUGGAGACUUAAAUGUAACAGCGUUCGACUCACGUUCUCCUCCACAAACAUGCCCCAAAAAAAGGUCAAAGGUCAUCUCGCUGGCGAGGACCCCACACAUGAACAAGGUCCAGUGGUCCGUAACACAAGUGGGGCUGUUAACAUAACAGUGCACGUGAAGCCUGGGUCCAAACACAACAACGUCACAGAUGUUUCCACAGAGGCGGUGGGCGUGGCCAUCGCAGCGCCACCUACAGACGGGGAGGCCAACGCCGAGCUGUUGCGUUACAUGGCAGAGGUUCUGGAUGUGAAGAAGAGUCGCGUUUCUCUCGAGAAGGGUUCCAGGUCGCGAGACAAAGUGAUCUCUGUGGACUCUACCCUCGACCCGGAGGAAAUUCUGUUGCGGCUCAAAAAGGCAUUAGGAUAACGCCAGUGUGACCGUUGUAGUAAUUACUGCUAAAUAAAGAAUUUGUAUGUUCUCUUCUAACUGAAUGGCUAUUCAAUCAGGUACCACCUUGAGCACUUAAACUUCGAACCGUAAUUGUCACUGUAUACCUUGUAUUUUCUUUUUUGUUAGAUUUUGGGGUUUAUGCUUGUAAAUAUCAAUACACUACCAAAAGCAA